UUGUUUGAUUGGUCUGUGUUGUAACGUGAUCAUAUUGUAUUUGAAAACUUCUUAAACUGUCAUUUUCUUAAGACUAAAGUUUAAACCGCAUGCCGAUGGUUUUAAACAUUUUAAUUUUUAUCUAUAUGCAAACGAAGUCAAUUUUAAUUAAUUGAGAAAACCAUGUCUGAUGAUCACCGUUUCCAACAACAUCCAAAUGAUUUUGUGCACGGUUUACUUUGCUUGCACGUUUAUCAAGAAAGUAAGGAGGGGGAUAUUGUACAAUUUAUUCCAAAUAAUGAUAAGGUUGAUGAUGAAUUUGAUGGUGCUGAUUAUAAUGACCAGUUAAAUUGUUGGACUGUUUAUAAAAAAUUUAGCUAUAAAAAUUCAGAUAAUGUUGACUGUGUUUUGUAUGUAAAUGAUACAACAAAACAAGCUGUGUUAACCUACUGUGGCGUAGACGUAAUAGAAUCUCUAAAAAGUUGGGAUGGUAAUGUUAAAGCAGCUAUUUUAGAAGUCCUUAAAGAAAAAAUAGAUUACCAUCAAAUAAGUUCGUAUAUAGCCACUGAAGAUGCUGUAAAAAUUGCUCACAAACUCGGAUAUAACCUUUCACUAACGGGUCACUCAUUUGGUGCAUGGCUGGCGGAGCUAAGCUUAUAUUUUUGUCACAUGGAUUUUAAAUGUGAUGUAAUAACAGGUCACGUAAAGUCGGUAACUUUUAAUAGUCCUGGCAGUUAUCAGCAAUUGGAAAGUUAUAAAGCGAGUAUAAUUAAUCAAGAUACUCAAAUUGAUGUUUCAUCCUUUGGUAUGGUUACAUAUCUAUCGGCUCCAAACUUAAUUAAUGUAUGUCACGAACAUGUAGGUAAAGUUUAUAGAGUAUUUCCAGAAAUAAUAGAAUCCAAUUCAGUUGAGAGAUUUAAAACCCGUUUACCAGAAUGGUUUAUAAAAAAGUAUUCUGCCAUAAAAGGUUAUUUUGAUGCAUUAUUUGCAAUUACUCAUCAUAGUUUAAAUUUAAUGCUAAAAACAUUUGAUCCUAAAACUGGUAAACCUUUUAUUAAGCAAUAUAGAGAAGUAUUUGAUUGGCCGUGCAUAAAAUAUAAAUCUAAUACCAGUGACUAUGGUCCAAAAGCUAUUGAAGCAAUAAUAGAUCUGAUUCCAGGAACAUUUAUGAUUCCGAAAUUGCUAAAGAAAGCUGCAAGUAAAACCAUAUUUACUUUAAUACCAAGCACUGUUUACGGUUUAUUGGCUACAGUUACAGCAGAAUUUUUAGGCGGAAAUAUGAAACUGACUCAGUUGUUUGAAACUUAUAAAAUACUAGACAAAAAUACAAUUGAUUUAGUUAACCAUGAAGAAAAAAUUAUAAAAGAAAAAAAAAAGUUUUUUUUAAAAUACAAAGCUCAUUAUAAGAUUGAUAGAGAUGAAGUCAACCUAAAUAAAGCUAGUAUUCCAAAAACAAAAGGAACCCUUGAAUGGUAUUUAAAGAAAUUAACCAAGUUAGAUUUUACAAUGAGUAAUUUAUCAGAGGAUGUUGUUAAUGAGUUAUCGAUCCUAAAAAAUAAAUACUGUUUGGAUUUAAAUAGUGGAAAUAUGAUAAUAAUAUCUAAAGAUUACACUGUAGAAGAUCUAAAAGAUCAAAUGAGCUUUAUGCUUAAAAAAAAUACAAAAAUCAAAAAAGUAUUGUUAGGAAAUAUGCUUGUUGAGGACACAAUUUUAAAAAUGCAGGCAGAUGCUAAAGAAUGGGUAAAGAGCUGCUCUCCUAACAAUGUUAUGAAAGAAGAAGGUUAUAAAAACCGAGAUCUUAUUAAAAAAACAAAAAAGCUAGCAAGCCAAAUGACUAAAUUAAGUAAACUUAGUACAGAUGACAUAAAAGAACAACUUGAUAAAAUAGAAGCUGAACAUUUAAUUAAUAGCGUGUAUUGUAUGAAUGCUUUAGCAAAUUGUUACCUUUACAACAACCACGGCGGAGAAAAUGCACGCGAAAUAUUACUUGGCUCAAAAAAAUUAUUAGAGCAGUAUGUAAUAAAUAUAAGCAAAGUCCAUUUUGAUUUUGAGACCUCCAAAAAAGAAGAAAUCUAUACUGAGCUUUUGACAUUAAAAGAAUUCCCGGAAGUAUAUACCAUUACUGUCUACUUAUUAGCCAGAACAUUUUUGUAUCAUGGAAAAAAAGCAGACUCAAUACCAUAUUUCGAAUUAUCUAAGUAUUUAGGAAAGAAGUUAAUGCUGUUUGAAGGAUAUCUAAGUGAAGGAAGAGGACUGGGAGUCGUUAGGAGAGAAUCGUUAGUAGAACAAGAUAUAGAAAAUGGAGAAUUUGAAAAAGCAAUCGAGAAAUUAAAUGAUAUCAUUAAGUCUUAUAAAGAACUAAAAAGUGAUUUCAAAGAGUACAAAGAAGGAUAUAAGCCCGGUAUAGGGGAAAAUAAAAUGGUUAUUCCAGCUACAGAUGAGUAUAACCAAAUAGAUUGUAGCGAACAGUUAACAAAAUGUUAUUUACAACUCAUAAGGCUUACCAAAGAUAGGGAUAAAUGUAUAAAGUAUGCCAAUAAUUUUUUUGAACUUAUUGGUAAUGACCAAUCAUUCGGCAUAAUAAACAUAAAAAAAUUAGAUGUAAUUUUACCGAAGAAAAAAUCUUCUGUACGAAACACUUUGGGUUACACUUUGUUAAAACUCUAUGAUAAAGAUAUAGAUAUUAAAGAAUUCAAAAUCCUAAUUGAUGAAACCAAUCAUACAAAAGACGAUUUAUCAUUUAUUGAGGAUAUAUUUAACUUGGCAAAAGAAGAAAGCAGACACGGUGAGUUUACUAAAGCAGAUGCUUAUGAUGGUCUAAGAAUGAUAUACGAAAGAAAAAUCAAGCAAAAAGACUUAGAAAAACUACAAGAAGAAACGCUAUUAAAUUUAAUUUUCAGUUACACGACCGAAAGAGAUAAAAUUAACCACGAAUUAAAAAGAUAUGUCAAAUAUGAAAGUUCUGAAAUUGCUGAUAAACAAAUACAAUUAGAACAACCAAAGUUCGUAGUAAAAAAAGAGACUACAGUUUAAAGAAUACAGUUUUGAAACAAUUGAUUUAAUAAUUGCAGUAUAGUUAAAAGUAACAAAGUAAAUGCACCCAUAGUUGUUACAAGAAAUAAUUUUUUCAAAUAAAACAUUUUUUAACA